AUGGCUUCCAUCUUCCGGCGUCGCCAGCAGCCAAAUCCGGCUUCGUUGUCUAUAUCGGACAAUGCCGAACAAGAAGUCGUCGCAACCUCUUUUUCUACCCCACCCUCCGCACAGACAGCGCCGCAAGUCGGGAGAUGUCGCACUGUUCCGCCAGCCGGAUCGUCCUCGGGCAAAUCCAACGUCAAAACCGCAUCCAAACGUCGAAGAAGUCUCGGCAACAUCCUAUCCCCUACCCUGUUUCCACGUACACCGGAAGAAGAACUCGAUCCGCUACUCACCGAAGACUAUGUCGAACCGGAUCACAUCGAAGCAUUCCGUGAAGCGCUAGCCGCGGACCUUGGUCAGCAGGAGUACCAGCCCUCUUCCUCCGCACACAUUACCGGCUCGACAUCCUGGAACGUAUUUGGCUACGGUAAUGCAGCCAAAUCCCCUACAGAGACAGGUCAGCCGGCGGAGCCCAAGUCGUCAGCUAUGACCGAGCCUUCUGGUACACGUGCUUCCAAUCCUCGAAAAGUAGGCAGGAUCGCUGCUGCUUCCGACUUUGCCCCGAUCAACGAAAAGAUCGCGCGAAAGAGCCGAAACAAACGCCGAGCGGUCGAUUCGGGCACAAGAGAAGGCUUUGUCUUCCACACGCUCCGGUGGCCUUUCCUCAUCAGCAUAUUCAUCGUCAUCAGCCUCGAGUUCCUGCUGUAUGUGCUCGUCCGCCAGCUCGUGAAUGUUAUUGAGUACUCGUUAGCGUGGCGAGGCAGAAAGGGCCAGUUGCGCAAACGCAUGCGCUCAGCAUCCAACUACGCGGAUUGGAAAGAAGCCGCUCUGGCGCAGGACGACUUUCUCGGCUACGAAAAGUGGAAGACAGAAGACGGCAGCGGCUUCUACGAUUGGAUCUUGGUCAAGAAAGUAAAAUCAUCCCUCGAGAACUUCCGGGAGAAAGACGAUGCCGAGAACUUGCUCGGAGUCCUCGACCUCUGCUUGCGAAACAAUUUCGCCGGUACCGAGAAUUUCCGUCUCUACUCGGAGACGUACUUCGGCACCAAGUAUCUGGUGGAGAGCUAUCUCGCCGAGAUCGAGACUGCACUGGAGUACAUCGAAAAAACGGACAAAGUGUCGCUCGAGACCAAGCGCAGCUUCUACCGCACUGUCAGCAAGAACCUGGGACGUAGCGCGCUGUGUCUAUCAGGCGGAGCAAGCUUUGGGUACUAUCACAUCGGUGUCGUAAGAGCGCUGCUCGAUGCAAAUCUGCUACCGAAAGUGGUGACCGGCACGUCUGCUGGUGGCCUGAUUGCUGCGCUGACUUGCACGAGGACCGACGAGGAGCUGAGGCAGAUGCUUGUUCCUGCACUUGCAGAUCGCAUCACCGCGUGCGAGGAGCCAUUCUCGGUGUGGGCUCGACGUGCUUGGGCUACAGGAGCGCGUUUCGACACUGUUAAGUGGGCUGAAAAGGCGAGCUUCUUCACAAUGGGUAGCAUGACGUUCAAAGAGGCGUACGAAAGAACGGGCAAGGUGCUUUGCAUCUCGGUGAUCCCUGCCGACCGCCACUCGCCCGUCAAGCUGCUCAAUUACGUUACUGCGCCCGAUUGCGUCAUCUGGAGCAGUCUGCUAGCGUCAGCUGCUGUACCUGGAAUCCUCAAUCCAGUCUGUCUGAUGCAGAAGCGAAAAGGCACCGAGGAGAUCGUUCCAUGGAACUGGGGCCAUCGUUUCAAGGAUGGAAGUCUCCGCGUCGAUAUUCCCUUGCAAGAUUUGCAUGCCCUGUUCAAUGUUAAUUACCCGAUUGUCAGUCAGGUCAAUCCGCACGUCCAUCUCUUCCACUUUGGCUCCAAGGGAUCGCCCGGUCGCCCGACUGCGCAUCGAAAAGGCAAAGGCUGGCGUGGUGGCUUCAUCCUCUCGGCUUCGGAGCGAAUCCUCAAACUGAACCUGUCGAUGAACUUCAAGAUCCUGCGAGACCUCGAUCUGCUUCCUGCCAUCUUGGGUCAGGACUGGUCGAGCGUGUUCCUACAGAGAUUCGGCGGUGCUGUUACUAUCUUACCCAAGACGAGAGCAUGGGACUGGGUGAGGAUCCUGUCGGACCCGGAUCGGAAGGAACUUGCACGCAUGAUGAGCGUGGGCAAGAGUGUCACGUUUCCUAAACUACACAUGAUCGAAAAUCGGGUUCGAUUGGAACGCGCGAUCGAGCAGGGAAGAAAAACUUGCAGGAAAGCCGUUCGAGCGAGCCAUGAGAAAGUGGAUCGUUCGCCGGCCAGCAACACAAUUCAAGCGUUGCCUACGAUCGAUGGCAGAUCGAGGACGAGCGGCGAGAGCGUCUCUCGACGCGGUGUUGGUCCCAGAAGCGCCACCUCGCUACAGAGCGACACGGACAACGACGAUUUCUUCACAAACAAAGAAGUGUUGGGAUUGACAAAAGUGGCUGGAUCGUCAAGGAGGGACGGGCUGGAUGACUCGGCUGUGGGUACGCCGAACAGUGUGGGCCACUCGCGCGAAGACGUUUCCUCGCCAGCAAAGGGCGAUUGCAUGUCCAGGCCGAAGCCGUAUCCCACCUACUCGAAGUAUCUCAUUGGUACACACAACUCAGCGUCGCGUGCAAGCGGAGAUCAGCCACAGGAAGAGGCUGAUCGAGCAGUGCGUGAAUGGCUCGACCGCUCGCAGGAACACAACGGCAUUGCAGACAAUGGUCAGGAAGCAGCUGUCGAUGGAGACGACGAUGUGCAAGGUGCAAGUCAGCUACCGUCUUUCUCGGUUGAGAUGCAGUCUGGGGGUACGCGCGGCAACGGAGUUCAAGGAAAGCAGAGGAUGCAUCAAGCGAGUUUCGGUUCGUCGCCCAUCCACUACAGGCUAAGGACUUGGCACGGAAAGAGCAGACACAGCUGGGACGACCGAAGUCAGGAUUUCGGUGACGAAGACGAAGAGCCGAUCGACCAGGAUGAUAGAGGCAUUUAUGAGAGUAGCAGUGAUGAGGAGUCGGGUCCUGCCGACAGCUGA